AUGACCCUACAGACUAUUUAUAUUGCCCGUCAUGGCUUCCGUUCAAACUGGUUACCUCCACCACACCCUCCUAACCCAACUGGAAUUGACCUGGAUCCAGCUUUGGCUCCACAUGGUGUGGACCAAGCAGUCGAACUAGGCGAAUACUUGGCCACGCUUCCAAAGGACAAACAGCCCCAAUUUAUAAUUUCUUCUCCGUUCUAUCGUUGUGUGGAAUCAGCUAGGCCGUUUGCUGAAAAGCUGGGUUUGAAGGUCCACCUAGAUAGAGGAAUUGGCGAAUGGUUCAAGAAGGACAGAGGAGUGGUGCCAGUGCCAGCAGACUACAAGAAAUUGGGCGAGUUUUUUGCUGAAGUUUUGGGUGAGCCAACUACUUGGGACUCUGAAAGUGGCGUUGUUCCUAGUUCUCAAGGUGAGAGCGAGGAGGAUGUGCUUGAGAGAUCUCACAAGUUCUGGAAAGCGUUCAUUCCAGCUUUCGAGAAGAAGCACCCCGAGGUCACAAGAUUGCUUCUCGUGAACCACGCAGCCACCAAGAUUGCGUUGGGAAUGGCGCUUUUGGGCCACGAGUCGCUUUACGACGAGAUUGAUUUCAAAGGAACUAAGACAAGAUUGAGAGCCGGCGCGUGCUCUUUGGAUAAGUUUGAGAGGGAAGACAAUCACUGGGUUUUGCUAGAGAACGGUAAGACCGAUUUCUUGAAAGAUGGCGAGGAGAUGAACUGGAACUUCGACGUCAAGGUCGAGGCUGGUUCUGACGAGGACAUGAAGAGAAGAGCCGAGGAGGCAAAGCAGAAGCAGGGUAGCGAGAACCCAACCAAGCCAGAGAAAGAGCCUUUGGAGUUCGAGGACGUUUACGUUGCUGUGGAUGUGCCAAUUGUGGCGCCCUCAUACUACGAUGAAUCUGGAGACAGCCGAGAUAUUGGCGAGCUGCUUUUCAUCAACCCAAACGCCAAAUUCCAGCUAGCUGGCGUGGAGGAAGAAAGGCCUCUUUUCAAAAUCAGUGAAAACAUGGUUGCCGGCGCGGACUCCGAAUCGGCCUCUUUCAGCAAUUCGAAUGCAAUUGACGGUCAAAUAUACCAGGCCCGCUGGAGAAAGCUUCUAGGGACCGAGCUUGUUUUUGACGACGAUGGAGCUGUCAUUGGCACUGUUAGAGAGCAUUUGGUGGCAGAGCCUUCUAACAAGGCAAGAAAGAAACCGAGUGCAUCAGCUGGUGACAAAAGUGACGCUAUGGAUGUCGAUUCUGAGGCUGGAGAGAAGGCUGAUAUGAGAACAACUUUUCUUAAGACGGCUGUUGCAGCAGCCAGAUCAAAAGCGGCAGCGGAGUAG